UCGGAAGCGUCACUAUGGCAACGAAACGGUGGCCUAGGUGUUUUUGCGCCUAUCGUUCCGUGAGAAUGAGCUUAAACGGAGUGUUUCCUCGGAGCUCGAGUUGAACCUAAGGGAAUAUUAUAAGGCUGGCUCAGGUUGUAUAUGUAUGUGUAAAAAAAAAAACCCUAUAUGAUGAAGACACCCCAGUCUCAGUUGUGCCUCAUUUCCAAAACAAAACAUGGACCUUGUGCCUGGAACUCUUGGAAUCUCACACUGCUUGGAGAUUUGGGUGGUGAGCAAUGGUAUAUUAAAUAAAUAAAUGUUUAUUUCUCUCACUCUAUUACUACUAUUACUUUGAUUUUAAUAACUUGUAUUCCAGUCCAUCAAAGAUCGACCCAAGAUGGCUCAUAAAAUUGAAAAACAACUAAAACAUCAAAACCACAGAAUAUAACAUUUGGUGUCUUUGAGUUUGCAUCCUGGUGUCUCUUGUUCCAACAGGGCCAGAACUUCAUAAUAAAGUUUGUCACAGAGUUCCAUGUUACUUAGAGAGGAAGCAGAAUUGUCUGUACAAGGUCAGGGAGGCUAUUUUGUCUGAAUUUCUUGGAAACUUGUAAGUGGUAUAUAAAUUGAUGGUUGGUGAUUAUUAAUGUCCCAUAGCCUUUUUCUUCCUUUCCUCUGCUUUGCCCCUUAGUGACUCAGCUUGCUUCAAAACUGAUCUGCUUUGUGCUAUGACUAGCCCAAGAUGGCUCCCCAUUAUUAUAUUUGAUUUAUUAAUAAUCACAUUCUAAACCACUGUCUCAAGGCGAUUUACAUAUAAGGCAAUGAAAAACAAGUUAAAAGCAGUUAAGGCUGCUCACCGUCCCCUCCCAGCAAUACACACUAAGCAGGGUAAAGGAACUGAGGGGGCUGGUAGAAGAGUCAUGAUGUGUAGACCUUUUAUGGCUUGUGGUCUCUGAGCUAAAGGAAGCUUCUGAGAAUUUUGCAAGACAUAAACAUUUAGGUCCACUUGUUGUACAAGUCAGUGACGCCUGCCUUUGUGGAAGUAGCCACAUCUCACUUUUGAGGGAACUGCAAACAGUGCCAAGUGCCCAAACAGUUCUGGAGCACUGGAGCUGUACUACACCACGAGAAAAGAACAAAUGGCACGUCGGAGGCCAGAUUCCAUAGAAAGUUUGUCCCCAUCUGAAAGGGAUUAUGAGAAUGUUAUACCUCCCCAUUUGCUGAGAUGGCAACAACCAACCCCACAGCAAACACAGAAAGCGGAUACAGGUGUGCCCACGCCCACCAGAUUUACUGAUCAUACGGACUGCUGUUGUCGGAGAGCUUCUGUUGUCCCCCUCUACAUCUUGGUGUUUGUUUCCCUGUUAAUAGCGUCAGCUGCCUUUGUGCUGGCCUUUCUGAAAUUUAUUCCUCAGUGUCCAGGUGGCUUUCAGAAGUACCAGACAAAGUGCUUUUACAUCUCCAUUCAUAAACAUACCUGGGCAGAAGCACGGAGGGACUGCAGUAGGCGAAGUGCGCCCCUGGCAACAGCUGAAGCGAUCAAGGAGGUCAAUCUAAACCUUGAAAAUAAUUCUGAAUACUGGGUUGACAACCCUGAAGGAGAACAGAAUAAAGUGACUGACAGAUCUCAGAAGACAGAAAGUGAAAACUGUAUGUUUGUCUCUUGGAAAAACAAUACAAUUGCUCCUUCACAAAUUUCUUGCACCCAUCAUUUGCAUUACAUUUGUGAAAAAUAUCAAGCAUAAGAAACAAUAUAUUUUCAUGUUACUUUGUAAGCUUUGCAUUGUCAUUAGUGAAAAAUUAUGGUAUGUAGCUGUAAUGUGCUAGUCUAUGUAUGUGUUCUGUUCAUAGUUUCAAUGUACGGUGGACUUUGCCCUUCUAUGGCCGGUUGCAUGGGAAUAUGUCUCAAACGGCUGUUAUAGUGCUACGGAAGUAUAUCUCCAGAGCGGAAACAAAACAGCCAAUUUUGAGGUGGGCAAACAGCUGAGAAUGGUCUUUUAAAAAUUUGGUAUAACACUAAAGAGCAGGUGUGUCUGCUUCCGGCGACCAGCUCUUGGCCUUCUUUUGUGUGUGCUUGUGCAGAGACUUUGCAUCUUGUCUUCCACCCCAUCACUGUUGGAAGCAGAAAUGGAUCAUGCUCUGAAAACUGAAAAAAGAAAGAAAAGGAAAUAAACAGGAAAUGGGAAGGGCGAGAGAGAGCAUUAAAUAUGGCUUUAAAUAGCACAAGCAUGCCAAGAAAACAAGGGAACAGCAAACUGAAAAACAGUACCAAAAGCAGAUUUCAGCCAGAAAAAAAGGAUGUUAGAAAUGUGCCUCAAUAAUAAGAGGGAAAUGAGAGAAAAUUGCCUCGCUGCUCAACUGGCAAUGUGAACUAAUAUUGAAAAUACGAAAGAAGGAGGGAAAAUGUUCAGUGCUGGCUUUGAUUCAGCCUUUCUAAAGCUCAGGAUGUGACUGGAUGAUUAUGCAAACAUGUAAAAAUAAGGGAAGGCAAAGAAUGAAAAUGAAAAUACAGAAGAAGAAGCUCAAAUAAUAUUUACCUGAUUUCAAGGAAAUGAGCUGAGCCUAAAGUAAUACACUGUUGUGCAUGGAACUUGCUUGAGAAAUGUUCAGUUAAAGGUAGACAAAUCUCACAGUUUCUCCCCAUUUCAAAUUUUUCCAAUCUUAAUUCACCCUUAUUUCUGCAUCAGUUUGUAAAUAUUUUUAAAGUUCAUGAAAAUUUAUUUGCAUUUUCCUGUGCUUUUCUCCUUAUGUGUUUUGGAUGCAGUUGUGCCCAGCAUAUGCAUUUUUGCCAGCAUAUUCCCUAAUAUGCUGUUUUCAUCAAGACACAUGUUUUUAAUAUAUGCAUUCUUUUACAUACUGUUGUUAUUGUUGUUAGAGAACUGCAUCACAAAAGCGCAAAUUUCAAUGGGUUGCUGUGUCUUGUGCUUGUGUACUGGGUCUGGAAGUCUGGAUUGGGUAGAUUCAAUUCAUUGUGCAAAGUUUGAUCUUCACCCUUCAAAAUAGGUCAGAUGACAAAUGCAAACACUUCUUGACUGGUUUAAACUGAGAAGUAUUUCAAAUGAAUAAGAUAGUUGCAAUAGCGAUUGGAUUCUGAGUAUAGUGGUUCCGUGGUUCUCAAACUCAAUCUGUUCUGGAAGUCCUUUUGACUUCCAAAAUGUUUGCAAACCAAGGCAUGGCUUCUGAUUGGCUGAUUGGCCCUGGAAACAAUGCCGACAUCCGAAAUGGACGUUCGGCUUCCAAAAAAUGUUCACAAAUCAGAAAACUUACUUCCGGGUCUGCAGUGAUCGGGAGCUGAUUUGUUCGGGAGCCAAGCCGUUCGAGAACCAAGGUACCACUGUAUUUCACAAUUCACUGAAUAUCAUCUUUGCAGAUGGUAUUUGGAAUCAAAAUUUGUAGAUCUGUGGGUAAAACCACACACAAACACACAGCGGUCCCUGUGAGUGAGCACAUUUAUGUGCCCCAAAAGAGAGAGGGUCAGACAGCUGAGACUUUGUAGAUGGAGUUCAGCUGUGGUGAUGGAAGCUGCCAAAGUUUCUCUGGGGAUCUGCCUGCUGAUGGAGUGUCUAUUUGCUUCCAAAAGGCUCUGCUUAUAUCACUUCUAGCUGCAGACAGAUGUUGCAUACCAACAAGACUGUAGCCAAAACAGGGCUACUGGGGAACAAGCUGGAGGUAUCAGCAUACUUAUGUAAAACCCUAAGUUUGCAAAGUAGGGGGGGGGACUAAGAAAGGGGAACACCACCACCCUUCAUAAAAAAGACCAGUGAGGACUGGGCAUGCUCACUGGCCAUAUGAAGAAGAGAAUGGAGUAUGAUGGGAAGGGGCAUGGCUCUGUGGAUCACCAAACAGGAGCAUUCUGCACAGCAUAAUUUUUAAGCAAAUGUUCAAGGAAUGGUGAGUCUUCAAUGCUACCUCAUUCAGAGGGAAUUAAACCCUGUAGGACUGUCCUUGAUGUCUUGCCACUUAGGGAAGUGGUGCCAUGCACUCAUGACAAUUUUUUUAAGGUACUUGGAAAAAACCGUUCAGUGUGGGUGCUAAAUGUUUCUAAGGAAAUAAGUUCAUAUUGCAUAAUUCCCUGCCAAGUUUUAAGGAAGUGAGAGGAGAGGUGGUUAAAAGUUACAACAGAUGCCCUAGUUGGAUCCAUUGUCCUUCUUUGUUCUCCUUCAGUAGAGUUUCUCCUGUUUUUCCAGCUAGCUAACCACCCCAAAUCUGUUUGCCAAAGCCCACAACCUCCCCUUUGCAUGUCUCAGGUGGCAUUUCCCUGGACCACUGAAGGAUGGAUUAUUAUCAGUAGUUUCAUGAACAGAAACACCACCAGUUGAAUUGCUGUCUUAACAAAAUGUCUCUUGCCCUCACUUGUUCUAAAAUAAUAGGACUAAACGUAGGGGCUGAGUUCAGCAAAGGUGCUUUCUAUUUCCAGCCCGUUUUAGUCACUCACACCCUUACACUCAAGCACCAUUUGGCACCCUGGAGUCCUUGGCCUAAUUUGCCUGUCAUCAGAAGGGAUAGGCAUUGUUCCUGAACCUCAUCCACCUUUUGUUGCCUUGGAAACCAUGAGAGCCAGCAGUCAUAUUUGCUAAUGGAAGCUCACCUGCCUUCUGAGUUGGACUGGUAGACAGUUUUAUUAUUAUUAUUAUUUUACUAAGGGCAUACUGUGAAAGCCCACCAUUUCAAGGUUAUAUAUGGGGUGGGAGAAGAGACUUCAGGAGAAGGGCCAAGAUUAACACCAACGUUUAGUCUCAUCCUAGCCUAUAUUCAAUAUUAAAUUGGGGUGGGAAGACCUUAAUCACCAUGGCACAUUAGCUGAAGAUGCAACUAUUCAUGCCUACUUUUAAUAGACCCAUGGCCUUUAAAAAGAUGUUAUUGAGUCUGGCUCUGGAGCAGUUCUAAGCUUAAAUGUUCAUUAAUACCAAUUUUAAUCUAUAUCUUUUUAGUUUAUGAGGCUGCUGUGAGACAGCCUCUAUUUAAAGGGCCUAUGAAGGGAGAGCAAAAGAGCAGAAGGAGACUUGACGACGUCCAUCGAUGGUUAUUACCAGUGCUUUUUUUCAAGAAAAUAGGUGCCAGAACUCACCACGAAGUUGUUACAGUAAGUCGCUGCUCGACACACGGCAACCCUGAACAGAUGCUGGUUUGACAACAGCUGUGUUCACCACAGACGGAGGUGCGAAAAACUAUGGCUAGCUGAUUUUUGGGUCACCCCUGGUUCUGGCACAGGUCAAAUAAAUGUGUCCCUGCCAGUGCUAGAGCCAGUGUGGUGUAGUGGUUAAGAGCGGUGGACUCGUAAUCUGGUGAACCGGGUUCACGUCCCCGCUCCUCCACAUGCGGCUGCUGGAUGACCUUGGGCUAGUCACACUUCUUUGAUGUCUCUCAGCCCCACUCACCUCACAGAGUGUUUGUUGUGGGGGGGGGGAAGGGAAAGGAGAAUGUUAGCCGUUUUGAGACUCCUUCAGGUAGUGAUAAAGCGGGAUAUCAAAUCCAAACUAC